AUGGACCCGGAGGCCGCCGCCUUCGCCUCCGCGCGCGGCGGCGGGCGCGUCACGGCCGGGUUCGUGAUCUGCUUCCCCAACUACUCCACUUUCCUCUCCAAGCUCGGGCUCUACGUGGAGGACAUCUUCGUGCGCGCCCCAUGGUGCCGUCGCGGACUCGAUCGGAUGAUGCUGUCUGCCGUCGCCGACAGGUCGGCCGAGCUCGGUAUGGGCCGGGUGGAGUGGUGCGUGCUCGACUGGAACAAGAACGCCAUCGACUUCUACGAGGGGAUGGGUGCCGAUGUGCUCCCACAGUGGCGCAUCUACUGGCUCGUCGGCGCAGCGCUGGACAAGUACAAGGGCAGCCAGGAGGAGGCCACCGGUGGGAAGGCUGCAGAGUAA